GAUAUCCCAACCUACUUGAAAUUCCAUUGAAUCCUUCUCAACGAAGCCAAAAUGAACUUCAAUUUCCUGUUGUGGUUCUUUCUCUUAGGAGCUGCCAGCGUCUCCGCGAGCACCUGUGUCGUUGAACCACGAUCCAACUUUGACAGCCGUUUCGACUCAAGCUUCGCCAAGCAAGCACGGCAACAGUGUCGCAACGCUGGCGGGAACUCGAAGGGAGGCAACUCUGUGCGACAGGCCUGCGACUUCCGUGGCGACCCGCCCAGAUCUCUUCAGAGGCAGUCUCGCAUUCAAGUUUCUUCGAAUGGGCGCAGCGCAAAUGUGAACGUCAGAUGGAAUUGCAGACGUUGAUACUGACAGGGUGAUACCACGCGUCAACAAUGCGUUUUGAUAGUCCGGGCAGGGUGUGAGACUGGCAUGGUGCAAUUAGGAGACUCCGAGACCAGGAUCAUUUAGGCUGUGAUCAUGGGUUUGUGACAGAUGGGAGAGUGGAGUGGAAGGUGAGGAUGCUUGUCUCUUUAGUUACUAGUAGUUGCAUAAUGAUGCUCUGCUCUUUUCUACUUCAACGCUUACCAACAUGAGAGCAUAUCGCUACAAACUGCGGAGCCUUCGAUUAGCAGUUCACAUUCACUUCGGUUCAGGCUCG